AUGGCUAUUGCUAAUAUUCCUCGUCACAUACGCACACAUGUUAACUCAAUUCUUCUUGUUGCUUUAUACAAAGAGAAGAACUUUGAUCACCAAUCUGUUUAUGGGAAAAUUGUGGAGGAUUUAAAAGUUCUGGAGACUGAUAGUGUUUCCAUACCUGAGCAUGGCACUUGUGGUGACAAUCUUGGCCAUCAUGCUGUUGGCGGUUUUAAUGAAAACUUCAGUAGAAGUAUUUAUUUUUGCCGUUAUUGUCUUAUUGACCGAAAAUCAUUUCAUUCAAAUCAUCAUAGCCAGUUUCCUCUGCGUACUCCACAGUCUCAUGGUGAUUGUUUGAGAGGAGCUGCCUGCAACAGGAAGGGUGUAAAGUUUGACAGUGAAUUCAAUAAGUUGGCUGAAUUUCAUGUGUGUAAUCCAGGACUUGCAAGCUGCUGUGCCCAUGACCUUUUUGAAGGAGUCGUGGCCCAUGACAUGGUAUUAUUUAUCAAUUAUUUUGUAAGUGGAGGGUGGUUCACUAUUCCACAGCUUAAUGCCAAGAUUGACAAUUUCAAAUAUGAUAGUGCAGAUUAUAGGGACAAACCCAAUACUUUUAAGGAAGGCUGUGAAAAACUGUCAGGUGGAGCCAUGCAAAUUUGGUGUUUUUUGAGACUCUUUCCAUUGUUUAUCAAGGAUUUAGUAGACUGGGAAGAGAAACAGGAUAAUUUAGUGUGGAAGGCAGUGUUGCUCUUGAAUGAAAUAGUAGAACUUGUCAUGGCUACUGUCAUUUAUGUGUCUGUACUUCCAUACUUAGAUGCAAUCAUUUAUGACUACCUUGACUUGAGGGUAGUCCUAUUUCCUAAUGUACUACUGAGACCAAAGCAUCACUACCUCACCCACUAUUAUUUUUUGUUGUAUUUCUUCGGGCCAAUGUGUUUGACAUGGUCUAUGAGAUUUGAAUCUAAACACUCCUUUUUCAAACGGUUUGCUAGAAUGUUGAGAAACUUCAGAAAUGUUUUAUUUCCUCUUGGCAUCAAACAUGAACUGUUUAUGUCCUACUUGAGACUUGGAGUUGAGUUGCGGUGUGAUCUGAAGCCCACUUUGUCUGGGGAGUUUCAUGCAAAUGUGUACUCUUUGGAUAUUCAACGUGCCCUUCAAGCUAAUUUACCACCCCUUAUGCAAGAAUGUGUCUCAAUCGUUAUCAAAGGAACUCUGUACAAAAAAGGAUCCUUGCUAUUAGUGCAACAAAGUCAUUAUCAGUGUGAUGUUCAAUUUGGGAGAAUUGUUCUGAUUCUUUAUGAUAAUAAUACAAAUGUAUUUUUUCUUGUUGAAGUUAUGGAGGCAGAAUUCAUGCCACAUUUAAGGGUGUACAAGUUAGGUGCAAGAAAGAUGUGA